AUGAAUGCCGCUGCUGUGGAUUGUGCCGAUGUUCCAUGUUGGACUUGUCGUCGCCAGCGCCUCAAGUGCGACCGAGCCCUCCCGCACUGUGGCAAAUGCACAUCUUCGCAGCGACCCUGUCUGGGAUACAGCAAAGGCAAGCCUCUGCGAUGGACCGACAGUGUGGCAAGCCGCGGCAAAUUGACGGGCAAGAAACUGCCACGUCGAGAGCAACACCUCUCACUCAGCAGAGUGCUGAAUGACCCCGGCUUGCAGGAUUUGUCGCCGUCAAUGCGAGACUAUAUUGCUUAUUUUGAGCAACAGUGUUGUCAGGAGUGGGUGCUAUAUGAUUUCGAGGGCGCAAAUCUGUUCAAGGAGUCCAUCCGAUUCAUUCCCUCCUGUCCGGCAUUGUGCCACGCGGUGGUGUCCGUGGCAGCUCUCCAUCUAACCCUCCGAAUUGCAUCGGCUCAAUGCAACGAAGGGACGAUGGCAUACAAGCCAAAUCAGCAUGAGGUACAAGUAUCACAAUCGGUGGAUCAGGUGCGCCAGACGUACCAGAUCCCAGCAUAUCACGAUGCUCUCUACCACAAACAGCGAACUCUCAGCUUCUUGAGAAGCGAAGCAUAUGCGGGAUACUCCUGUAAUCCGGACGGUGUCGUUGCAUCCAUGAUAAUGUCCAUAUGGUUUGAGCUCAUGGAUUCGGGACGAGAUACCUGGCGAUACCAUCUUCGUGGACUGAGACAAGUGAUGCCAAAACGCACCUUAUCCCUCGCGCCCUCUAGGGAGGGAGCACCGGCCGCCGACUUGCCUCAAAUGGCCGAAUACUUUGACACAAGCUACGCCGUUUUGGAAAUCAUAGGGUCGACGUUUGUGAAAACCAAACAGCCUUGGCAGCCGCUUUUCUCGACGUCCCCUACUUUCGACAUCUUGAAGCGCUGUGAGUCCCAGACAUGGACCGGGUGCCCUUCACCUCUUCUCUACGUGAUCUCCCUCGCGAAUACGGCUGCUUCAAGAUCUCACGAAACGCCACCGGAUUUAUUUGCCCACAUUUUCUCCCAUCUGCACAACUUCUCUCCGAUGCAUUGGGCAGUUGCGGAUGCGGAAACCCACCACAUGAAACCGAGAUUCCAACUUGCCUGCGUGUGGCACGCGGCAGUCGAGAUGUACGCGCUGCAAGUUCUUCCCGUCCCUUUCGAAAACGAUGUGCUCAAGAGCGCAGGGAGAGCCAACAACUCACUGGAUUCGGCCCUUCACCAUCUCAAAUCCGUGGAUCCGGCGGAUGUCCAUCUCAAAGGACUCCUGUGGCCUGCCUUUGUCAUUGGCGCCGAGGCGCAAACCAUGUCUCAAAGGGCAGUCAUCACUGAUGUGCUAGAAAGUCUGUGGACACUGUGGCGCUGUCACAAUGUGACGAAUGCCCUGAAAGUGCUUGAGAAGAUCUGGGCCCGUCAAGCUACGGAAGGGUCAUCUCGACGUUGGAUCGAAUACGUCUAUGAGUGGGGUGACGAUUGGAUGUUCAUAUAG